AUGUCUUCAAAGAAGAAAAGUAAAUCGAAGCGUUUAAGCGAAGGAGACAGUUCGUGUAACUCGAGCAACUUCGAGACUUCCAGCCACGAGGGAAGUAAAAGCAGCAACACUUUUACUGUCAUUGACUUUAUUGAGAAAGCUGAUGAUAAAACACCCAAAAGUUGCAGAUGGUCGCUUGCUCAGUUGAGCCUCAACUCGCUGAAGGCGGCAAGCGUCAGCAUCGGCAGACCCGUUCUCCUCACGAGUCCUACGGGGCGGCAGGAGGUGUGUGUGGGUUGGCCUUUGGCCACCUUCCCCAGUGGGAAAGUGGGUCUCCACAAUUGUGUGCAGACCAACCUGAAAGUUAAAUGUGGUGAUGCAGUGUUGGUUCAACCUGUGACGGGUCCUGUGCUUCAAGCUGAGGAAGUCAUUCUCUCUCCAAGGUCUGUGGAUGACAAAUUAAACAUGGAAGAGUUCAAGAACUUCUUGCUGCAUUCAUUAAUCAGAAGCAUCCUCCUCCCUGGAAACGUUUUGUCCAUCACAUACUUUGGCCAGCCGUGCAGUCUUAACGUGGAAACCAUACGAGGAGAAGACGGCUGCUCCCUCCGGAAGCCGGUUUUUCUUCAUCUUUGUCCUUCCCUUGACACUGAGGAGUCGUCAAAUCCCGCCGACCUCUCUCUAAAGCUUGAUCAGCUAACCUUGGAUGACACAGGGGGAUCCCCAGGGACCCCCGCGGCCAGCACACCGCACAGACAUGCUGCCUGUCAGUCUCCCCUCUCCCUGGCGUCUCCCAUUUCAAAUCACAUGGACCCUGCUGAUGACUGCCAGGAGAACACCUCAGCCUUGAACAGUUCAUUCAACACAGAACAUCCUCCCCAGUUGUCCAUAGCGCCUUCUGGUGCCGUGUCGUGUCAUGACACCUUCUAUAUCCUCUCAUCCACAAGUAAGCUGAGUUUUCGAGGCCAAGUCAAACAAAAAGAGACCAAAGGCCAAAAAGCAAAAGUCACAUACAGCAUGAUUGGCGGCCUUAAAAGCCAAUUGGAUGUCAUCAAGGAGACCAUUGAGUUGCCUCUAAAACACCCAGAGCUCUUCUCCAACUAUGGCAUCCCGGCUCCCCGAGGAGUUCUUCUGUACGGACCCCCCGGAACAGGCAAGACCAUGAUUGGUCGUGCCAUUGCUAACGAGGUGGGAGCCCACAUGACUGUAAUCAAUGGGCCGGAAAUCAUGAGCAAGUUUUUUGGUGAAACUGAGGAGAAGCUGAGGCAAAUAUUCACCGAGGCAUCGAAAAGGACACCUUCCAUCAUCUUCAUCGACGAGUUGGACGCUCUGUGUCCCAAGCGAGAGGGCGCGCAGAACGAGGUGGAGAAACGAGUGGUGGCGUCCCUUUUGACCCUCAUGGACGGAAUUGGCUCCGAAGGCCAUUCGGGCCAGCUUGUGGUUUUGGGGGCAACAAACCGGCCCCACGCUCUCGACCCAGCCUUGAGGCGACCGGGCCGUUUCGACAAGGAGCUGGAGGUUGGCGUUCCCGGUCCCGCCGAACGUGCCGACAUUUUGCGCAAGCAGCUGAGAUCAGUCCCGUGCGACGCCAGCGAACAGGAAGUGACACAGCUGGCUGACGCCGCUCACGGCUACGUCGGGGCAGACUUAGCGGCUGUCUGCAAAGAAGCAGGACUAAAUGCAUUGAGGCGAGCGAUUGGAGCGACUGACAAUCCGUCAGACCGGCAACUGAAGGGCAAGGUGACCGUCACUCUUUCUGACCUCCAGUGGGCCAUGUCAGUGGUGAAGCCCAGUGCAAUGAGGGAGGUCUCCAUCGAUGUUCCCAAGGUCCGCUGGGCUGACAUCGGCGGCAUGGAGGAUGUGAAGCUGAAACUGAAGCAGGCCGUGGAGUGGCCCUUGAGGCAUCCAGAGGCCUUCAUCCGCAUGGGCAUCCAGCCACCUAAAGGGGUCUUGCUGUAUGGACCGCCAGGCUGCUCCAAGACCAUGAUAGCAAAGGCCCUGGCCAACGAAAGCGGCCUCAACUUCCUAGCCAUUAAAGGUCCUGAAUUGCUAAGCAAGUAUGUUGGGGAGUCUGAAAGAGCCGUGAGAGAGGUGUUUCGGAAGGCCAGAGCUGUCGCUCCCUCCGUCGUCUUUUUCGACGAGAUCGACGCCUUGGCUGGCGAAAGAGGAAGCUCUCCGGGAUCGGGCGGCGCAGGCGAUAGAGUCCUGGCGCAGCUCCUGACAGAGAUGGACGGCAUAGAGCAGCUCAGCGACGUCACUGUGCUGGCCGCCACCAACCGGCCGGACAUGAUCGAUAAGGCUCUUAUGCGUCCAGGUCGCCUCGACCGAAUUGUCUACGUUCCUCUCCCUGAUGCUCCAACCCGACGGGAAAUAUUUCGCCUCCAGUUUGUGAACACGCCAGUGUCCCAAAGCGUUUCCUUGGAUGACCUGGUGAACCGCACAGAGAAGUACUCUGGAGCUGAGAUAACGGCAGUAUGCCGAGAGGCCGCCCUGCUGGCCCUGCAGGAGGAUAUGAAAGCCCAGCACGUGGACGUCAGGCACUUUGAGAGCGCGCUCGCCGCCGUCAGGCCACGCGUCCCCGACACUCUCGUCCAGUCUUACAUGGACUACCAGCAACGGCACGCCACCGCUACAACUCUGCCUCCUUUUCUGCCUCCCGUCUGA